CCUGUUACCCAGCACUCUCUCUCUCUCUCUCUCUCUCUCCCUCCCCACCUGGCGAUGGUUCGCUCUUAUUCUUGUUCGUCUUCUCUCACUCACUCGGAGGAAACUUUUCCUUUCUGCUUUUUGGAUCGCUUUCUCGCGACACCGAAUCCGAUAUAAGCGUCGUCCCUGAACUUCCAAAACUCAAUCCAAGUCGGUUAUAAGGGGAACAAUAAUGUCAGGAGCAACCUUGGGUGUGGCUCCCGGUGCGGAGCUUGACCAAACCGUCCUCUCCGCGGCCACGAAGCCAACAAAGAAGGCCAUAAACCAGCAAUCCCUUGUUGGCGGAGUGAUGGGCUCGUUGCGCAUGAUCGAGCUCCAGCUCGUGGCCUUCAUAAUGGUGUUCUCCGCGAGUGGCCUCGUCCCCCUUCUCGACCUCAUUUUCCCGGCCUUCGCAUCUGUGUAUCUCAUUGCCCUCUCGAAGCUGGCCUUCCCGUCUCACGGCAAUGCUGCCAAAGCUUCAGCGGAGAUCUUCCAGGGUAGCAGGCUGUUCAGGCUAUACGUUGUGGUGGGGACUACGGUCGGAUUGUUUCUUCCGCUGGCUUACGUGCUGGGCGGUUUCGCAAGGGGCGAUGACCACGCGGUGCGGUCGGCGACUCCUCACCUGUUCUUGCUUUCAUUUCAGAUAUUGACUGAGAACUUGAUAAGUGGGCUGUCGCUUUUUUCGCCGCCCGUGAGGGCAUUGGUGCCGUUGCUGUAUACUGUGAGGCGGAUAUUCGUGAUCAUCGAUUGGAUGACUGAUGUGUGGUUUAAUAAGACUCUGCAGGCAAAUGCACCGCUUAAGGAUGUGGUGUGGUUCUGGUUUGGGAGGAGUUUGGCAGCGGUCAAUCUGCUAUACUUCUCGGUCAACUUGUUCGGGUUCUUGAUUCCCCGGUUCCUUCCGCGGGCAUUCGAGAGAUAUUUCAGGGAAAGAGAUGAGAUUCACGGAAAGAUGGCAGAGGACAAGCCUCGCGUAACUGCGGCUGCAAACAAAUCCCAGCGUUCAGAUAAAAAAUCUGAUUGACGCCGCCCUUUUUCUUCAUGCUGGCCUAUGUUUAUCACAGUUUUUUUUUUCUUUAUGGACUAGGGAAAAUCUACUUCUUUUCUCGUUCUAACUGGAAUAUGUUUCUGCGCUCUUACUUCCCGUUUGCGUGUCUUUAGGUUUCUCUUAUAAUCGGUCUGGCAUGUGUAUCGCGGAAAUUGGCGAGAAUGGUUUUUGUUGUACGUGGCUGAUCAUGAUCUUCAGAUAAGAAACUGACCGUGGAUUCAAUGUCA